AUGGAAGGAAGUUUUACAGCUUUGACAUACUAUCUAAAGGUUGUAGGGCAGGCGGGAUCCCCCCCAAAACAGGCUGACCCUCCUCCAUCAGUGGCAGAUGGACAAUACCAGGAUGAACUCCUUCUUAGAGUAUGCAAUUUGUAACCGUGGGACGGGCGCCUACCACCACUUAGAGCCGAGCUCCCCUUCCUUCCCCUCGUGCUCAGGUAGCCCCGCCAGUGACACUUUGAGCGGAGACGGGCGCUUUGGCUCGGGAGGGAGCGCGGCCGCCGCCGCCCACCUCCCCCCGCAGCCCCCGGGCUACCACCCUCCCUCCUCGGGCCGGCCCGGGCCCUUCGCGGGCGCUGCCCCGACCCCCGGGUACCCGGCCCAGGGCGGCGGCCCCGGCUACGGCCACCACCAGCUCUACCUCGGCCAGCAGGACGCGGACGGGCUGUACUUCCAGGCGGCCGGGUACCCCUCCGGGCCGGCCUCCAACCUCGGCUCGCUGGCCGAGAGCUACUGCGGGGCGGUGGCGGCCGCGGGGCAGUACCAGCAGCAGCACCUUUACGGGCAGGAGCAGCCCGGCUACUUGCCCGGCGUUUACGGCAACCUCUCGCCUUCUUUAAACGAGGAGCGAGACCCCGCGUGCCCCUCCGAGCCGGGGCCCGGCGCCGCGCAGACCUUCGACUGGAUGAGGGUGAAGAGGAACCCGCCCAAGACAGCCAAAGUGUCGGAGUACGGACUGCUGGGCCAGCCCAACGCCAUCCGCACCAACUUCACCACCAAGCAGCUCACGGAGCUGGAGAAGGAGUUCCACUUCAACAAGUACCUCACCCGGGCCCGCAGGGUGGAGAUCGCCGCUACCCUGGAGCUCAACGAAACCCAGGUCAAGAUCUGGUUCCAAAACAGGCGGAUGAAGCAGAAGAAGAGGGAAAAGGAAGGUCUCGCCCCGGCUGCCGCCUCCAGGUCCGCGAAGGAAGCGGGCGAAGCCUCGGAUCAGUCCAACUGCACCUCACCUGAGGCCUCCCCCGGCUCCGUGUCCUCCUGA